AUGCCACCAAAGAAAGAUGUGGCGAUGGGAAAGCAACCACGGAUCGGAGCACCACAGGAACCAGAUGUAGAUGAGGAAUUAGAACUAAAUGAACGCUCACAACCGUCGCCUGCGAACGGCUUUUCUCCCCCUGUCGAAGUUUCUCCUGGAACCAGGUCGAACACCAAACCUUGCGUUUGGCGAGUGCAACAAACGGAGGGUCGUCGGAAGGAGGCCUUGAAGGCUAUGUUGAGUCCCACGCUAGCGGGAAGGAGAGCGGCUGUUUGGCUGCAGGAGUGGGACCGAGGGUCCCGUAGCGUCAGACUUAGGAUUUUGGAGGCUUUCCUCACUCUUCACUCAGAGAGCAACAGUAGACGAAUAGAGGUUGAUCUUGGUGAUGCCUCUAUUCUCUUCUUCACACGCAUCACAGCAUGGCUGCGCCUAACUUACAAGUUGGGCGUCGGACUCCGUUCUGUCCUUUCGGCGAUUUCGGUGUUCAUACGGGGGGUACGUUAUCUAACCUGCUUUGCAGAGGUUGGUGGAGCUACGACGCUUGCUGACACGUUAGCCACGGGGACUCUUUGCGUGGAGGACCGUCAGGAAGCUGUACUGCUGCUCCUGUACAUCGCGAAUGCGGGGCGUGUUUACCGUGAAAUGAUUUGUGAUGAAAAUGGUGUAGAGUUGCUUAUAGAGGCAAUGCGUCGGGAAGAGGAUGAAAAAAUACUUGACCUUUUUUCCGCCCUGUUCUUAGCGGUUGGUGAGGGGAGCAGCCGCUCGCUGAACUCUCCUGUUUACCUUGGACUCAUACGACUCCUUCCCAACGAAGAAACAACGGCUGCUGCUGCACUGUACGCUGCACGCACAUUACGCACCUAUCAGACCUCGUGGGAGAAGAAAUACAUGGACUCUGUGGCUGCUAAUAAUGCGGAAAAUACAGGCUCCGUCCCUGUUGUGGGUAUAAAUCCAGAAGAUCCCGUCGGGAGCGCGCAGGUUUUGUUGGACUCCCUGUUCGCUCUACUGUAUCAUAGUGAACUGACAGUGCGAGCUGAGGGUAGUGAGUUGCUGGCGUUAGUAUCCAAAAACCUGCAGCUCACGGGGAAGAUUUUGUCACGAUGCCUUGAUGUAGUUGAUGAAAACCGGUUGGUAGUUGAGAUCGAUGACGACGUCGAGGCCAUUCACAAUCUCCGUCGUCAUCAAAUUACGCUAGGAACCACAGCCGUCAAGGUUAUGUUGACUGAUUGGGAUUUCGAAGCAAGAAGAAGAAUCAUCGUGGGACUCGUGGCCCGUCGCAGCACACAUUUCACGUUGCUGAAAUUCCUUCGUCUCCUUGGUGUUGCGCAGAACACCAAUGCCGUGGACUGUUGCCGCCUUGUGCAGUUGUUGUGCCGUGAAGCUGUUCAGCAAAACCAGCGGGGUCGCGAGGAUGGGGAAGGCAGCGCGGGUUCAUGUAUUUCGCUUGACAAAUUCUCAAAGCACAUACACGACGUGGUGGGAAGCGCUUUGUAUAGCGUGAUACUUCACGAGGACCUGGUUGAUGAGCAGAUCGAGGCUAUUGUGCGCUCGAUCAUGUCAUCUGACUAG